AGAUAGUCGCGUUUGAAUUUGCAGAGAGAAAAAGAUAGCGCAAUGGGAAGUGAAGAGGAGAGCACAGUGAAGGAGCCAUUGGAUCUCAUAAGGCUUAGUCUUGACGAGAGAAUCUACGUUAAACUCCGUUCCGAUAGAGAACUCCGUGGCAAACUUCAUGCUUAUGAUCAGCAUCUUAAUAUGAUUCUUGGUGAUGUUGAAGAAAUUGUGACCACGGUUGAGAUUGAUGAUGAAACAUAUGAAGAGAUAGUUCGGGCGACAAGACGGACCAUUCCUUUCCUAUUUGUUCGCGGAGAUGGUGUAAUUCUGGUGUCUCCUCCACUCCGGACUACUUGAUCAGGAGAGGCGUAGUUGUGUAUCCAAAUCUGCAGGCACACUACAUUUGGUUUAAGGUGCUGCAGGUGACUCAGUGGAAUAGUUGGGGGAAGGGUUGUAUGUAGUCGUGUGUUUAAAGCCAAAGAUUAGUAAUUUUGAAAUCCUUGUGUCCUUUGUAGCAUUCAUUUUAAAGUGCGCAUAACUUUAAAAUGAGAAAAUUCUCCAUUCUA